CCCAAAACCAUGAAGGCUUUAUUGGCUGCUCUGAUUUAUAUUCCAUUAAUCACAGCUCUGGUAAGGAUAGUUCCUUUUACAGUCUGGAACAGUGAACACCAAGUGAAGUCAACACUGAGAGAGCUUCUGUAUUUGUUGGGUCCUUCAAUGAGACUCCUUCAACCCCAAAGUGUGGAUCCCUCUGGCUCGAUUUAACUCUAUCAGAAGAACACUUCGGGAAAGAGGAGAACUGGAUCAGUUCUGGAGAGAUCACCUGUCGGAUGUUUUUGCUCAGAAGUACCAGCAUUGCUUCCCUUCAGAUAUCUUUUUGUCUGCAGGAUCUGCAAGAGAAAGACUUUAUGAUUACAUGAAUGCACAAUAUUAUGGAGAGCUGAGCAUUGGCACUCCACCUCAGAAAUUCACAGUGGUGUUUGAUACUGGCUCUGCUGAUUUUUGGGUCCCUUCAGCUUAUUGCAUCAGUGAAGCCUGUGGGUUGCAUCAAAAAUUCAAGUCAUUUUUGUCCCAAUCUUACGCACAUGGAGGGCAGCCAUUUUUUUUGCAAUAUGGCACUGGGAAACUCAUGGGUGUUGUUGCCAAAGACAAAGUACAGAUAAGUAACAUUACCAUUGAUGACCAAGAGUUUGGAGAGUCUGUCUUUGAGCCGGGCAUGACCUUUGCCCUUGCACACUUUGAUGGGGUGCUGGGCUUGGGAUAUCCAUCCUUGUCAGUGACAAAUGCACGUCCAGUAUUUGACAAUAUAAUAAAGCAGCAUUUGGUAGAGGAACCUGUCUUUUCCUUCUUCUUGAAGAGAGGCGAUGACAUUGAGAAUGGGGGUGAAUUGAUUUUGGGGGGCAUAGACCAUUCCCUCUUUACAGGCUCCAUUCAUUGGGUUCCUCUCACUGAGAAGAAUUACUGGCAAAUUCAUAUUAACAGUGUGAAAAUCCAAGGACAUAUCACAUCAUGUCAUUCUGGCUGUGAAGCCAUUGUUGAUUCGGGUACUUCUCUCAUUACUGGCCCAAUUGCACAAAUUAUAAGACUGCAAGAAAGUAUUGGAGCCGUCCCGACUCGAACUGGAGAGUUUCUUGUAGAUUGCAGAAGAUUAUCCAGUCUUCCCCCAGUAACCUUUUCUAUUGGAGAGCGAGAUUUUACACUAACUGCGGAGCAAUACAUAAUCAAGGAAUCUAGCAGAGAAGAUGAUUUGUGUCUGAGUGGUUUUCAGGCUAUGGACCUCGGCAGCCGCAGCAAGCCUCUGUGGAUUCUGGGAGAUGUAUUUAUGUCUACAUUUUAUUGUAUCUUUGAUCGUGGGAAUGAUAGAGUUGGGUUUGCAAAACCUGCUGCUCAUACAACAAAGAAGUUUCAGAGGGUGUAAAAGCUCAUUGAUAGAAACUGGCAUAACGUUAAUAAUCCUGUCCUGUAUGCAGUUCAUGAAAGUAAUUCUAGAUGGGUUGAGAGGGAAGAAAGUGAAGAACUCCUGUAGUGGAUUCUCACUGGAAGGUCAGCUUUUGUAACAAAUUCCCACUGGAGUGCCUUUAUACAUUAAGUAUACAUUUUUUAUUCAGUCAAUUAAAUGAGUGUUCAGCAAGGACCAUCACCAUAAAACCCCUCAAUGAAAGAGUUAAGCCAGGUGGUCUAAUCUUAUGAAUGUCUACUGGAAAGUAUAUGUGUAAAGGACAACAGCCAUAAUUAUAGUCCUACAUUCCAAAGGUAAGGAUGUUCUUCAUUUGCUGCUGGACUGCAGCUCCCAUCAGCCCCAACCACCAUAGUCAGUGGUAAGGGGUGGUGGAAGAUAUAGUCUAGAAACCUCUGAAAACCACAUUUUCCACCCCUUGGUGGGAAUAAUUGCCACUGAAGUCAAUGGAUCUACUGAGUUGAUAUGUUAGUCUCUUGAUGGGAUUUUUCUCUAUGAAUCGAAGGUUGUGUUAGGUCUGGUAGUGGAAGUGGAAGUGGACACUUAACCAGGAUUUGCCUAGCUCUUCUCUACCUGUCUUGCUUGCUUUCUGUCAGGCGUGACACACUCUUUCAGACACUACAUACACUUUAGAAGUAAGACAAUGCUUAUGGAAACCAAUGUUGGUUGUUGUUGUGUGUCUUCAAGUUGUUUCCAACUUAUGGUGAUCCUACGGUUUUCUGGGACUGAGAGAGUAUGAUUCGCCCAAGGCCAUUCAAUGGAUUUCCACAAUCAAACCCUGAUCUCCAAAGUCGUAGUCCAGUGUUCAAACUCCUAUACCAUGCUGGCUCACUCAAUGUUCUGUAUGGUACCUAAAUUUUCUGGCAAACAUGUGAAGGGAGCUUCCUUCAGUAGUGGGCCAAACCUGGUUUUAGAAACAGAAUGACAAGAUAUGCAUAAUAAUUAGGUGGGACUCCUGGUGUGUCUAAAUUAGAACAACUCUUUGUGGUGCCUUGCAGAUGGGUGGGGCACUCAUGACUUUAAUUCAAUGCCCACAUACAGAAGAAUAAUUCUCAGAUUUAUUUUUGAAGAAACCUACACAGGAUUGCAUCACCCCUAAUUCUGAAUACUGCACCACUCAAAAAUGUAUUUUGCAAAGGUGUUGUAUGCUCAGAGCCAUCAUGACUCCAAAUGAUACUAUAAAAUUUGAUUUUCUCAUCUUAUGUUUUUAGAACCAGUUCUGGAUCCAAAUGUGCAAGUGGAUUAAACUUAUU